GCUUCCUGCACCCCCAACCUGUUGCCUCCAUCUGCUGGGGACUGGGAGGGAACAGGUUGGCCGAGGGUCUUCCAGGGUGCAGGGAGGUGCCCAAAUUCCCAGCAUUCCGGGGGCCAUGAGUGUGCAAGGAAGCGGUGAGCAUGUCAGCCCCCAGAGGGGUGACUCAGGCCUGUGGCUCGAGUGGCCGGGUGAGGACAGGGAUGGGGUCUGAGUCAGCCUAGCAGGACCCCCAGGAGGGGGAAGGGAUAACCAGCCCCCACCCCAAUCCCUUCCGAGGAAAAAGGAGAAAUGAUGGGGGGGGGGGCAAAAGUGUGAGAGCAUCUGUGUGUAUCAGUAUGUGUUGCAGAGCAGUCAAGGGGUUCUGUGUGUGUGUCUCAGUGUAUGAGGGGGGUGUGUCCGUGUCCCCCUGGAACUGUGUGUCAAUGGGUCCACCAGCUCUGUAUGAGAUAUGCCUUAGCGAGGGUCUGCUUCUGUGGAUGCCCCAGUGUGAACGGGUGUGUGUGUGUGAGUGUGUGACCAAGGAUACCAGCGUCAGCCUGUGCUGUCCCUCUGUGUUUGUGUGUUCACAGCUAUCACUCACUGGGAGAUGGAGUGUGUGUGAGUGUGUGUGUGGGUGCCUGUAUGAGGAGUGGCCAUGUGGCUUUCUGGCUAUUUUGCACACUUCCCUGUGUAGAUGCACCUGGGUCAGCUCAUACUGGUGCCCCUGUGGGUUGUGUGUCCUGGUGUGGGCUUCUGUUUCCUUGUGGCUCAUCUGGAUGUGUCCAUGAAUAGCUUGGUGUUUCUCGGUGGUUUGGUGUUUCUUCUCGAGUGUCUCCCUGAACACAUGUGUGUGCAUAUUCCCGUGAGCGUGGCAGCCUGCAUUUCUCAGUGAGUCUGUGUGUGCGUGUCUGUUUCUUGGUGUGUGUGUGUCUGUGUGUGUGUGUGGCUGGCUGUGUAGCAUCUAUGUCUCAGGGCGAGUGUGUUGGUGUGGGACUGUAUCUGUGCAGGGUCCGUGUACCCGUGAUUGAACACGUGUGGGGGGGGGAUGGGGUUGUUCCCAGCAGGGAGUUGACAAUACCCUUCUCAUCUCUGUGUGUGUGUGUGUGUGUGUGUGUGUACUGGGCCUGGCUGUCUCUUGGUGGAUGCCCCUGGGUACUUACCAGAGCUGCGUAUAUAUGGGAGCCGGGCCAUGUCCCCACGCUUGUGUGUCCACGGCUGCCCUGUGUAUCCAGGCAAGUGCAUGUUUUUGUAUCAGACUGCAUCUCAGCAAAGCUGUCUGAAGCAACCUGAGUAUGCCCAGCUGUGUUUCGGUGUGGAUGAGGGAUAGGCUGUGUGUAUGUGUGUGUCGAUGUGUUCACGGGUGAAGUCAACAUCUACGUUCGUUGUGUCCUGGUUUGCAUCUGAUUGUUCACUUCAGCCUCAACGUGUGCUUGUUGCUUGGUGUGUGUAUCUCAACAUGCAGUUAUGUUUGUGUGUGUUUGUCAGCAUCAGCCUAGGUGCUCACUGUGUUGCUGGGUGUUUGUAAUGAAUGUGUGAUUGUGUCUGUGCAUGUUUGUGUGUCCAUGUGUCUGUCCCAGCAUCAUUCCAUUUGUGUGUGUGUCUCUGUGUAUGUGUGUCACUAUCAGCCCAUGUGCAUGUGUGCAAGUCAGAGCAUGUGUACAUGUCACCGUGUUAUGACAGCGUCAGUCCCUGUGCAUCUGUGUGUAGCUUAGCGAGUGCCACAUUUUCUGUUUGUGCCAAUAACAGCCCCUGUGUGUUUAACUGUGAUUCAUUAUGUAUGUGUGGAGGGGGGGUUGUGUCGAGGCGCUCAUCAGUUUGUGAGUCCCUUGCUCUUUCUGACUCAGCGCGUGCCCCUCUCUCCCUCCAUCCUCCUCAUUCCCUCGGAAAAAGCGUGGGGGGAGGGCGGGCCGGGCAGCCCCCCGGGAAGCACAUCUGGAGUCGGCCUGCUCCCGGCGCGGGGGGACGGCCGCUGGGGGGAGCCCCGGGCCCCUUCGUCCCUCCCCAUCCCUUUCCCUCGGCGUCGGCGGGGGCUGGGGCAGGGGGACCCGGGGCCGCGCCCCCAGGCUGCCGGAAGUGCCCGGGGAGGGGGGCGCCGCGGUGACUCACGCGGGGGCAGGAAUGCUGUGGUCGGAACCCGCCCCGGCCCCGGCUCCGGCCCCGCGCCCGCCCCGAGGGCUGCUCCAGGGCGCGGGGUCGGCCCUGCGCGGUGACCCCCGCGGCCCCCACGUGCCAGGUGGCUGGACGGGGCCCAGCUCCCUGCCCCGGCUCCGGCCGCCCGGGGCUGUCCCUGCGGGGGCCGAGCACCUGACCUUGGCCGGGAGCUUCCCUGCCCGCCCCCUUCCGGCCCGGCCGACUUUCCCUCGGUUCCAAAGCCUGGGCUGACGUGGGAGGGGAAACUGUGUGUCUGCGGGAGCGCGGCGCCCCUCCCCAGUGCGGCGGUGGGGGGGCCCAGAGGCAGCGCCGCCCACGCAGAGCCGCACAGAGAUGCCCGAAUGCACAAAUACACAACAUGCAAGACACACACAGACACGCACAGAGAGCUGCAUUUACAUCUGCACUUAGGAUUUGGUCCCCCUUACAUCCUGUCACACUGAGACUGUGUGUGUUUCUGAGUGUGUUUAUCUGGGUAUGUUGUGUAGCUGUUACAUAUCUCUGUGGCUGCAUGUCCCUGGGUGUCUCUGCUUGUCUCUGUACUUGUGCGUGUGUGUCUGUGUGUGGAGGUGUGCGCACAUCUACCUGUGUUCCCAUCCCCACCCCCACACUGGGGAGGGGAGGCAGUCAACCCCCAGCCACUCAAAACAGUUAUUUGCACCCACAUACAUCAACUCACCCACCCAUGACAUCACACGUGUUCACACUUCUAUGUACACACCCAGAAACACACUAAUACACAAACACACACACAAAAUCCAGUCUCUCUUUUGACAAACAUCUAUGGAGUGCCUACUGUGUACCAGGGAACAACACAGGCAAGCCCCUGCCCUCCUGGAGCUGACAUUCUAGUGGGGAGACAGUGGAGGAACAGGAUACAGAGGUGACACAUAGUGGGGCCACGACCGCUAAGGAGAAAAAGUAAAACCAGCAUGGGGGUAUGGAGGGGAGGCUCCCGUUUAAAACAGGGUGCUCGAGGACAGCGUUGACUGAAAGGUGGCAUUCAAGGAACAACGUGAAGGAGGGAAGGAGCCACGUGGACAUCUGUGGCAAGAAUAGUCCCAGCAGAAGGCACAGACGCAGAAAGUUCUGGAGAGGUGGGGAUGUGCUCGGUCUUCUGGAAACACCAGGAGGCCAGUGUGGCUGGAACAGAGGAAGCAAGGGGGACGAAGGGUUGGUAGGAGGCCUGAACAAGACAUCUUCCUUCUCCUGUGAAGCCCAUAAUGCCAAGGGAGUAACCACAUCCCGCAUGGCCACCGUCACAGUGCUCCCCCAGCGGCCCCAGGACCUCCGCCUUGUUUCCAUGCAGCCCACAGAGCUGGAGGUGGCUUGGACCCCAGGCCUGAGCGGCAACUACCCCCUGACCCACUGCAGCCUGCAGCUCGUGCUGACGGACGAUGCCGUGGGCAUCUGGCUGGGAAACCCAGACCCCCCGGAGGAGACCCUCACCCUGCAAGUAUCCGUGCCCCCCCACCAACUUCGGCUGGACACCCUCCACCCUCAUACCUCUUAUGACAUCCGGGUGGCAUGCACCAGCAGCCAGGGAACUUCGCCCUGGACCCACUGGCUUCCCGUGGAUACACCGGAGGGCGUGCCCCUGGGCCCCCCCGAGAACGUUAGUGCCGUGUGGAAUGGGAGCCAGGCCCUCGUGCGUUGGCAGGAGCCAAUGGCGCCCCUGCAGGGCACCCUGUUAGGGUACCGGCUGGUGUAUCAAGGCCAGGACACCCCUGAGGUGCUAAUGGACAUAGGGCUAAAGGAGGAGGUGAUCCUGGAGCUGCAGGGGAAAGAAACUGUGCCCAACCUGACAGUGUGUGUGGCAGCCUACACUGCUGCUGGGGAUGGGCCCUGGAGCCUCCCUGUGCACCUGGAGCCCUGGCAUCCAGGGCAAGGACAGCCAAUCCACCGGCUGGUGAGUGAGCCCCCAGCCCCUGCCUUCCCAUGGCCCUGGUGGUAUGUACUGCUGGGAGCAGCUGUGGCCGCUGCCUGCGUCCUCAUCUUGGCCUUGUUCCUCAUCCACCGGCGGAAGAAGGAGACUCGCUAUGGGGAGGUGUUUGAGCCAACAGUGGAGAGGGGCGAGCUGGUGGUCAGAUACCAUGUCCGCAAGUCCUACAGUCGCCGGACCACUGAAGCCACCUUGAACAGCCUGGGCAUCAGCGAAGAGCUGAAGGAGAAGCUGCGGGAUGUGAUGGUGGAUCGGCACAAGGUGGCUCUGGGGAAGACCCUGGGAGAAGGAGAGUUUGGAGCUGUGAUGGAGGGCCAGCUCAACCAGGAUGACUCCGUCCUCAAGGUGGCCGUGAAGACAAUGAAGAUUGCCAUCUGCACGAGGUCGGAGCUGGAGGAUUUCCUGAGCGAAGCCGUCUGCAUGAAGGAAUUCGACCACCCCAACGUUAUGAGGCUCAUCGGCGUCUGCUUCCAGGGUUCGGAACGCGAGGGCUUCCCGGCGCCCGUGGUGAUCCUACCUUUCAUGAAGCACGGAGACCUCCACAGCUUCCUCCUCUAUUCCCGGCUCGGGGACCAGCCAGUGUUCCUGCCCACCCAGAUGCUGGUGAAGUUCAUGGCAGACAUUGCCAGUGGCAUGGAGUAUCUGAGUACCAAGAGGUUCAUCCACCGGGACCUGGCUGCCAGGAAUUGCAUGCUGAAUGAGAACAUGUCCGUGUGCGUGGCGGACUUUGGGCUCUCCAAGAAGAUCUACAAUGGGGACUAUUACCGCCAGGGACGCAUUGCCAAGAUGCCCGUCAAGUGGAUCGCCAUCGAGAGCCUGGCCGACCGGGUCUACACUAGCAAGAGUGAUGUGUGGUCCUUUGGGGUGACGAUGUGGGAGAUUGCCACACGGGGCCAAACCCCAUACCCAGGCGUGGAGAACAGCGAGAUUUACGACUACCUGCGCCAGGGAAACCGCCUGAAGCAGCCUGCAGAUUGUCUGGAUGGACUGUAUGCCCUGAUGGCCCGUUGUUGGGAGCUAAACCCCCGGGACCGGCCAAGUUUUGCAGAGCUACGGGAGGACCUGGAGAAUACGCUGAAGGCCCUGCCCCCGGCCCAGGAGCCUGACGAAAUCCUCUAUGUCAACAUGGAUGAGGGUGGGGGUCACCCUGAGCCCCUCGGAGCUGCUGGAGGAGCCGAUCCCCUGACCCAGCCUGACCCUAAGGAUGCCUGCAGCUGCCUCACCGCUGCUGAGGUCCAUCCUGCCGGACGCUAUGUGCUCUGUCCUUCCACAGCUCCCGGCCCCACCCUGCCUGCCAACAGGAGCUCCCCUGCACCCCCAGGGCAGGAGGAUGGAGCCUGAGUCAACCCUCCAUCUGGGACUCCCUCUCAGGACCCAAGCUAGGCACUGCCACUGGGGGGACACCCCUAUCCCCACUACUUUUCCACCCUUUCCUCCAACUGCAGCCCUCUUUUCCCACUCACCCCCAAACAUCCCAAACAGACCCUUCCCCAUUUCUGGGCUGUAGCAUCCCCAGAUGUAAAAGGAAGGGGUUUGUCUACAGUCCCUAAGGGUCUAACAUUCCGAAAUUCUAGAUUCUAAGGUCUAAGGAGUCUAGAGUAGAAGGUCCUAGGUUUCAAAUGUCUAAAGAGUCUAGAGUGAAAGGUCCUAGGUUUCAGAGAUGCUAUGAGUCUUUGGUUUAAGGACCUGAAAUCCCAAGGUUCUCCAACUUUAAAGUUCUAAGGUUCUAGUCAUGGAGGUUCUAAGAUCUAAUGUACAAAGGCUCUAAGAUUCUAUGAAUCUAGAUUUCCUGGUUCUAAGAUUCUUGAUAAGGCCCCAAGAUUUUAGGUUCUAAAGCUCUAAGAUUUCAGUUCUAGGAUCUAAGGCUCUGUAAAACUCUGGAUCAUAAGGCUUCAAGAUGUUAUAGUCUCCAGUUCUAGGAUUCUAAUGACAAUCAAUUCUAGGUUCUAAGGCUUUAUGAUCACAGAUUCUCCUAUUAUAAGAACCUGGAUCCCAAGAGUCUAAGAUUCUAGAAUCUGCAUUUCAAAAAUUCUGAGAGUCUAAACAUGGAGGUUCUAAGGUCUAAUGUUCUGACAUGUGAUGUUCUAAGACAAUGAACCUCAGUUAUCUUUGUCUAAGAUUCUAGAUCUUAUGCUCCAACAUUCUAGAUUAUUAAACUCUAAGAUUCUAUGUUCUGUUCUGUGUUCCAAGGCACUUCAGAUUCUAUUGGUCCAAGAUUAUGGACCCUAAGCAUCUAAAGUUCUAGGACUCUUCACAGUUAUAAAUUUCUAAGAUUCUAGACACCAAAGUUCUAAUCAUUUCUAAUGUUGGACCCCUACAUUUUAUAUUUCUAGGAUUUUAGUUAAGAGCCCAAGAUUCCACAUUUCUAAAAAUUUACGAGUCCAGGCACUGUAGUUCUAAGACUCAAAUAUUCUAAGUUUAAAGAUUCUAUAAAGUUCCACCAAUCUAGACUAUUAAUACAAUCCCAAGGUUCAAACCUUACAAUAUUCUUCUGUGUGCCCCUCCCCUUCUUGGCCACCUCUACCCUCCUAAUCUCAAGUGGGGGUGCGCUGCUUUCAAGCCUUUGCAAUGCAUUAGGGAUGCCUCCUGCCCUCCAGGAGACAAUCUGCCCCAUUUUGGGCCGUGCUGCCCCCCUGAGCCAGUCCCUCAUCCCCUCAUGUACAGAGUAUGGGCUCUGGUGCCCAGUUCAUAUAAAACUUUGUAACCACA